UUGAGACUCUCUCAUGAAACCCAACCUUGCAAAUAACCCUAAUAACCCCAGCACUCCCAUAAUGCCUCCGCCGCUUACAAUCCCUGCACUGCCGGCGAAAUCCUAAUAACCCUGAAGAACGAAGAACAUCGCCGGCGCUCACAAUGCCUCCAUCGGCACUCCCACCAUCUCUGCUCCCACCAUAAACCCCUAACCCUCUCCUCUUCACUCCCAUCAUCGCUGCUCCCACUAGAGCCUCCGCAUCGCGCCUCUAACCUUAAACACAGACCCUCUUCAUCGCGCCUCCAACCCUAACCCCAGAGGCUCUUCAUCGCGCCUCCAACCCUGACCACAGAGGCUCUUCCUCGCCCCUCAACCCUGACCACAAAGGCUCUUCAUCGUGCCUCCAACCCUAACGGCAGAGCUUCAUCGCGCUUCCAACCCCUCCUUUGGCGCUCCCUCCUUCGGCACUCCCUCCGUCGGCGCUCUCUCUGUCUCAAACGCUCCUUGAGUGAUAGUGACGAUGAUGAUGGAUUGAACAUACGACGAAGGUGUUUGCAACGGUCUUCCACCUGUUGCUCGUUGUGAUGACGUGGAUGAUGAUUACAGCUGGUUCUGAUCUCUUGCAACAGUGGGAGGAUAUCCUUGAAUCCGACCCUCUAAUUGAUGAGGUGGGAUUUAUUCAUACAUCUCAGUUUGACUUGCUAAAUGAAGAAUCAGGCAUUUUAGGCAAUUCAUCUGAUGAAGCUAUCUCUCCGGCAACAAAAAGGACAGCAAGCUCUGAGGGAUGUUCCAAGAAGGAAAAAAAACUUCUGGAACAAAGAUCAUAAAUUGGGAAUUUCAGCUUCUAUUAUUCUCUCACUAUACAAAGCUGCUAAACUAGCGUUUAUGAUUGCAUUUAAACAAUACAAGAUGUGUGGCGAUCAAUCUGAUGAAGUUGGGAAUUGUUUACCUGCCUCUUCAUCAUGCGAUGAUCUUCAAAGUAUACUUGUGAGACACAACAGGUCACUUCUGCUGCUAAGUUGCGAUUUUAUGACAGCAUGGAAUUGCAGAAAGUUAGUAGUUUCCAAGGAGAAGCAGCACUCCAUGUUGUUGGAUGAACUUCAUCUGUUUGUGUUCGUACUUUCAUAUUCACCUAAAAGUGAACAAGCUUGGAAUCAUAGCCCUGCUACGUCGAAUAUGGAUGUCAAAGCUGAAAGUAAGGUGGAGGAACCCAAGUUCUUGUUCGAAGCCAAGACUGUUCAGAGAAUGGAGCUUCUUGUGUUGUCUACACUCCAAUGUAGGAUGAACCCUGUCACCCCAAUUUCCUUCUUAGAACACAUUGUUAGAAGGAUUGGUUUGAAGACCCUUUUGCAUUGGGAGUUCUUAUGGAAAGGUGCCAGCGUGUUCUUCUUUCGGUCAUUCCCAAUUCAAGGUUCAUGGGUUAUCUCCCUUCUACAUUAGUUGCUGCUACCAUGAUCCAUGUUAUUAAAGAGAUUGAAUUGUUAAAUGCAAUGGAAUACAUAAAUCAACUCAUGGGGUUACUCAAGACUAGUGAGAAUAAGAUCUAGAUAUUGGAGAUUGUUAACAGAUAAUUACUUAUAGGUUAUUUGAACAAAGAACAAGAUGGAGACUUGGCAUUACAGAUGAAGAUCAAUGCAUGUUACUCUUGGAUUUUCCAAUGUAAAAAAGUUCACAAAUGUUUUCAAAACAAUUAUGUAUGAUUUAAGGGAAAGAAGUUUAAGAGGGCUAGAGGAAAGAGGAACAGCAAAGGACUUGGUGUAUUGAGUGGCAUUCUUAGAUUGCUAGGUGCUGACUAUAAUAAAUUUUCUAUCUGUGAGGAAAUUUGAAGAAAGAUUUCUGACAAAGACAAAGUUUAUAAUGAUUGUGUAAAGGUGAAAAUUUAUAGC